AUGGCACUCAACAACAUCCGGUCCAACCACUUCGGCAACAUGCCAGAUCGUGCUACCAAUCGUCCACAGAUUCAGCCCAGCAACUACAUCUGGAAAUCUCCUCAUGGAGAAGCUUUUCCGGGGUGGCAGCAUCAGCUUAUCCUGCAUCUACUUGCAGUCGACCAGACCUGGAAUGGCCCCUAUGGCUUUGAUUUCACUGUCGUCACAGCAUGGCUCAUGCAGCACUGGCCCUCAUAUAUGGUCACACCGACUGUGCUUGGAACAAUAGCUUGGGAGUAUGUUUUUCUCCCAGAAGACGAUAGAGCGAUCUACAGGAAUAUGAUACCAAAUUUACCUCACUCGAGAGAAGUCAAAUUCAGCGCUUUCACUUCCAUCAGUAGCACAGUUGGAACUACGGCCAUGCUUGAUCCAAACUUGUUCCAAACGGCCGAAACCGAUGUCAUGGCUAACUAUCAACAUCAUUCCAUCUCAACUACUGCGAGUGUUCAAGCAGGAAGUGCACCUGGCCAGCCAAAAGGAUCGACCGGAAGUGGUUCACAAAAUGUGAUGCGCAAGGACUUUCACUCUCGCCUGCCGAAAGUGCCAGAUACUGUCACUAGCAGCGGCCACUUCCUGCCUGGCAGCAGUGACAGUCGACAAUCAGACUUCGAUAACAACUUUCGGUUUUCGCCAACUUCCAACAUUACUUUCGACACAACAUUUACCGUACCGUCGUCGCCCACAAAGAUAUUACCAACAGCUGUUAUGCCAUCUGCACCUCAUAAAUCCAAUUCAUCACCUUUCAGGUCAUUUGAAGAACUGUCGUCUGCACAAGGUACACCCACGCCUAGUCGCACUCCAAGAACGAGCUUCUACGUGAUCGACAAGUUGUUAUUCGAUCCCAACAAAGACAACAUAGACAACCAACCACACAAUACACUUGAGAAGGUUGCAGAACAACUCAACCUUCCAUCAAAGCACGUUGAGGGCAUAAAAGAUGGUACAAACACGAUCGACCAGGACGAAGAAGAGCUUGCUCACGCGACAAUGGCUCCGCAAGGUCACAAUCAGGCAACGAGCAGUAAGAAGCUGUCGACAGAAAAUGAGUCGAUAAAAGAAGAGGCCGCCACAACCGAUGUCCAGUCGUCCAAGCCAUCUAUACCGUCGUUAGACACGGAAGCGAACCAAAUGCCAUCGAGCAUACCGAUCCUCCCACGUCCCGACUACACAAAGUACGUCCAUAUCGCAGGGGAAGACUGGAUCAUUCCAUAUUCGGAAGCUGAUGCGUUCGCUGCCUGGUUCAACCCUCAAGUAGACCCAGUGCCAGAGAAGAUCGAGGGAUAUUACUGGUAUUGUGACAAAUGCCACAAUCCUGAGCACCAAAAUCCUGGCAAAAACGUCCGUGGCAGGUACAGCGUCAAGAAAUCGUUCGAGAAGCACAUUCGUUCUGUACACAAGGUCAAGAAAUGGCGACCUGUGCUGCCAGAACCUAAGAGGGAACAAACUGUCGUGGACCUUAGGCCUCAGGAGAUACUGGGCAACAUGGAAAGUCAUGCUGAUGAAGACAAGCGCGAGUUGGUCCAUUCCACAAUAGAGACAACAGUUGAAGACAGGGCAAACGAUGACGAGAUCGUUGUGAAAAUGGACAAUGGCGAAGAGGACCAGAUCGUCGAAAAAGCCUCUACACUUCCUCCGACUUCGCUAUCACCGAGCAUAGAGAGCUACGAUGACUUCUCGUACAAACCAGCAAAUACCAAACGGAAGCUGUUCGAGAAGGAGCUAGAAGAGAGUCUGGUCAGCCCUAGCAUAGCAUCAACACUUGGCCGAGACAAGAGUGGAUUCAGAUUCGCUGAUAUCGAUCCUCGAAUAGUGAGCAGCCCCACCAAGCAGGGCGCAGAUAAAGUGAGCGUGGUUCCAGGGAAAGGACGCGUUGCUUUCGCUGCGAAAGAAGAUGUGAAGAUCUUUGACGAAGAGUCUUCGCCAAGCAAGAAGCAUGGCAAAGAGGACAUAGACACACAAAAGAACAUGCCGGCCAGUCCUGACAAGGAAGAGAUGGAACUACGUUCGAGCAAGGCAACGCUAGUCAACCCAUUGAAGAGGAAUAUCAACGAGGCUGAUACUGGAAGUAGACUUCGGAGUGCCAUGAAGAAGUAG